CCAAUGUGCUCCAAGAAUUUCGAGAGAAUUGCGGCCUGGCAGACUCCUUCAACCCGUCCUACUGCUCCGUGAAAGGCGUUCUCUGCAACGACCGCGGCAUGGUCAACUCGCUGAACUUGGAAGGUCGCUCGCUGCAGUGCAGCAUCCCCUACAACAUCAGCAAGCUCGCUACGCUCACCGGACUGUACCUAACCAACAACAAGUUUACAGGAUCCAUACCAGACAGUAUUGCCAACAUGACCUCCUUAUGGGAUCUUGAUCUAUCGGGAAAUCAGCUCACUGGCAGCAUUCCUUCGUGGAUUUCGCAACUUGUAAACCUCACUCACCUGGUCCUCUCGAAUAAUCAGCUCACUGGCAGCAUUCCUUCGGGCAACACCCUUCUCUACUACGGCGUUUCUGAAGUCGAACUCCAAGGCAACCAGCUUUCCGGCCCCCUUCCUGCCUCUUUUGGGAGAAUAUUGACCCUGAAAAUCGAUUGGGAUAAAUUCACAUGUCCUGUCAACGGGGGAGAUUGCGUGGUAAAACAAAAUAAUGAUUCUCCAUUCUGUGGCCCGUGCAAGGACUUCUGUGAUUCUUGCGACCCUUUCAAAAUGUCAAGCAGGUCUGGAUACAUGGGCAAGCUAAGCCGCGCAGGCAUCACAGGGAUUAUGGUUGCCUCUGUGGUCUUCGUUCCUCUGCUGCUGGUGAUUGCGUAG